GUUGCACUCACCAUUUAGGCUCAAAUCCACCAUCUCAAUGUUCCUUUUUCACGCCAAUGUUCAAUUAACCAACCAAGUUACUCAUUAUCAGGCACAUAAUAAGGUAGAAAAAACAUUGAGUUUCCUCUAAGAAACUUCACAAAAUUUAUUACUUAGAAACCUCUCUGCACCACUUAAUUCACAUUCUUUUUCUUUCUUUUUUUUCAUUUCCAAAUCUUCAACAAAACAAUGGUGGUGUUCAAGUCCCCAAAACCAAACAGAAAACGUUUCAUUCUCUCAUGUUUCAUAUCAAUCUUCUUCCUCUGCAUGUUAGCUUCCAUUAACGAAUUUCGAUUCAAGAAUCUUCCAACAUUUGGUCGAUGUAGCACUCUCUCAAACAAAACAACAAACACUUCAUCUUCAUUUUCAUUUUCAAACCCACAACAACAAAAACAAGACAUCAGGAUCCUCAUCGGUGUCCUCACACUCCCCGACCAGUACCUCCGACGACACUUCCUCCGUCUCGUAUACGGUACACAAUCCGCCGAAAACGCGAAAAUCGACGUCAAAUUCGUCUUCUGCAACCUCACAAAAGAAGAUCAAAAAACAAUAAUCUCAUUAGAAAUCAUGCGUUACAACGACAUCAUAAUUCUCAACUGCACAGAAAACAUGAACAAAGGAAAAACCUCAUCAUUCUUCACGAGUUUACCAGAAAUCUUCAAUGAGACAGUGAAUGGACCAAACUACCCUCCUUACCACUACGUUAUGAAAGCAGAUGAUGACACCUACGUGAGACUCAACAGUUUGGUGAAAUCGUUAAAACCGUUACCUAAAGAGGAUUUAUACUAUGGAUUCGUGAUACCGUGUGGAAGCAUGGACCCUUUUAAACACUACAUGUCUGGGAUGGGUUUUUUGGUGUCAUGGGAUAUUGUUGAGUGGAUUCAUGGUUCUGAUAUUCCGAAGAAACACGUGGAGGGUCCAGAAGAUAAGGUGUUUGGUGAUUGGAUGAGAUGGGGUCGUAGAGGAUUGAAUAGGUUUAAUGCGAAAUGGUCUAUGUAUAAUUAUCCUGAUCCUCCUUCUGUUUGUAGUCAUGAGCUUGUGAGUGAUACUAUUGCCGUUCAUUUGUUGAAGAAUCAGGAAAAGUGGAUUCGGACAUUGAAGUUUUUCAAUCAUACUACUCCUCUGAAGGAAUCGAACAUGUAUCAUAUCUGAUGUCUUUACAUAACUAUCAAUUGAGCUUGUUUAAAGGGACGAACAUGUAUCAUAUGGAUUAGUUUAAUUGUUAGUUUUUUUUGGUGAAUCUAAUCUUUGCUUUUCGAGAUAUAAUAUGAUAUCAAAUACUGUUGUAUUUUAUUGAAUUAGGAGAAAAGAGGGAGCUAUUAACUUGUAAGGUGCGAUUUAGAAUCUGAUUUGAAGUUAUAUUUUUAUAUAUACUUGAAAUUUAUUUGA